AUGACGGCCACAGACGAUGUGCAGGUCGGUGACCUGGUCAACGUGCCAGGUGGGAUGUACGGCACGGUGAGGUUUCUGGGCCCGGUGGCAGGCAAGCCGGGCAGGUUUGCUGGCGUUGAGCUCGCCCCAGAGCUGGCCAGCAGAGGGAAGAACAGCGGAGACGUGGAGGGACGACAGUACUUUACGACGUCGAUCCCCGGUUCGGGCAUCUUCGUGCCCAUGAACAAUUCCAAGGGUCCGGCAAUUACGAACUUCAGCAGGUCCGUUGGGCCGGGCCUGAACCUGUCGUCGACUGCGAGACCAAGGAUUCGACGGCCCUCGCUGCCUCGUCCGGAUUCACCCAGCAAGGGGGCGCCCUUGCCGUCGCCCAAGCUGAAUAUCAGCGGUCUACGCACACCGUCUGGCGUUCCAAAGGUGGCCCCCAUGAACGGACGGCCGCGCACGCCGCUCAAGUCGAGCAGACCGACGAGCAGGCCGUCGUCUAGGAUAAGCAUGGAAAGCACCACUCCAAAGCGGAAAGACGCCGUCCGGACCCCCGCUACCGAGGAUGCAGACACAAUUGACCGAACAAGGGAGCUGGAGAUACAGCUUCGUGAGCGUGACAAGCAGCUAGAGGACCAGGCCGCCACGCUGGCAGAGUUCCAGCAGUGUGUCACGGAGCUGGAAGGCCUGGAUGCAAUGCAGGUCAGAGCACAGCUGAAAGAGAAGAAUGACAAAAUAUCUGCUCUCACUGCGGAGUUUGAUAGCCACAGGGCGGAUUUCAGGAGCACUCUCGAUACCCUUGAAGUGGCUGCCUCGGAAACUGAGCGGGUGUACGAGAAGAGGAUUGAGGAGCUGCUCCAGGCAAAUAGGGAGCUGCAGUCUCGCGGCGAAGAUGUCGAGACGGUGGCCCUGCAGCUCAAACAGCUGGAGGAGCUGGUAUCAGAACUCGAAGAGGGUCUCGAGGAUGCUCGUCGUGGGGAAGCUGAGGCCAGAGGUGAGGUCGAAUACCUCCGCGGGGAGGUUGAGAGAACUCGCCUGGAGCUGAAGCAGGAGCGGGAACGGUCAUCGAGCGCGUUCCAGGAUGGCGAAGCGCCGGCUGACGGCUCGGGCAGACACCAUCCUACGGUCAGAGAUUUGGAACAAAAGGACGAUGAGAUCCGCGGGCUCAAGGCCAUCAUCCACUCCCUCAGCCGAGGAGACCCUACAUCCCAAGCUUUCCUCCAGCAGAAUGGUAUAGGGCAGGCAAAGGGGGUAUCUGACGGGGAGCAUGAUGCCAACGAUCACCUGUCAAAGAUGGAUUUGCGCAUCCAGGAACUUGAAGCUGCCCUUGAACUGAAAACCCAGACGAUCAGUGACCUGCAGCAAGAGCUUGAAAAUGGCCAGACUCAGACGAACGCUUUCCGCACCCAUAAUCGAAGUGGAACCAUAACCACUCCACCUCUGAGAGUCCACAAGAAUGCCCAGCCGGCCAGUGAUAGAGCCGGCCCCAAUGCACCCACCCAUGCGCACACCCUUUCGGACCGCACCGUCGUUCCCGGGGACUGGACCGAGAACUCUCCUGUCGAGGCCAGCAGCAGCGGACAGUAUCCUGCCCGGGCUAUCCCUAAUAACGAUACCCAUCGCCGCCUUAAUGCCAUGCCGGAACCCGAUUCUCAAUCAUCUUGCACCGACGAGGGAAGCGCAGCCUGGUGUGAAAUCUGCGAAACCAGCGGCCAUGACAUCCUCACCUGCACGAACAUGUUUGGCACAACAAACGGAAACAAGCUGCCUACCGGCCUCCCGGCAAGCCUCCGGGCGGCAGCCCAGCCCCCUUCGGUGACUGGACCACCAGAGAGGACCAGCUUCGUCCAGACGUCAAUAGACAGCAAGCUCCACGAUAGCAUCGACAGCACCUUCGCGGCCUUCAAGCAUUCGCCUGCUCCGGAGACGAACGGGUCCGCAAAAUCCGGCAGCCCCAGCUCGCAACGUACGGGAAGAGAUGUCGUUCUCGAGGGCCUCAAGGGUAUCGGUGGCCUCCCGUCGUCGUCCAUGUCUCCGGUUGCCGGGAAGGCGUCCGGUGUGAUUGACGAAUCGAAGUGGUGUGCUCUCUGUGAACGAGAUGGCCAUGAAAGCAUCGACUGCCCAUUUGACGAGUAA